CGGGCAUUGUACCUUUGUCGAUGGGCCACUUCUCCACUUAGACAGGGGUAACGGCAACCGGGCGCUUAUUCGCUCCUUGGAUUCCACUUAAGCCACACCGCCCAACUCGCAUGUGGAUGGCAUCCGAGACGCGCUGAACACGUCGACAGCCUCCAGCUUCGCUAUAGUCCUCAACAUCAUCGUUUUUACCGCCUGGCACCGCACCCUGGGGCACGUUCUACAAUGCCUGUUCGCAAAGGCGCACCUAGUCAAGAGGCAAGAGCUGCAGCUGGGCAUGAUCCUUUGCAAUGGGAGCGCUUUUAUGCUGUUACGAGAGAAGAGGCAAAGAAGAUCGUGCAGAAAUUUCCGGGUAUAACGUGGCCAAACGUUCCCAGCCCCAUCAGAUCAGAAGUUCGGAGCUGUGUUAAUGCUUCUCUUGCGAGUGAAAGCAUCCCUGCUGUAGAGGACGAUGUCCUAGGGUGGCGGAUGGCACUUGCGAUACGCGAUGCUCGGACUGUUGCUAAUAGAUAUCCGCAAUCGCAGUCACAGGCCAGUCGUGCAACGAGCGCUGACGCGCCGCGGCCUUCUCAGACCCGCCCCUAUGACCCCGUGCGCGAUCAGUAGGCACCUCGUGGUAGUGGAAAGUGAGGAGAGUAUAAGGACUGCAAUUAAUUUCUAUGGCUACAUAGGUACAUUCUCAGGAUUUACAG